UCGGGCAAUGGUGCACGAGGGUUCCUCUAAUUUGUUUUGGGACCAUGGAGUGGCACUUGCCGGAUCUAUGCCUCCGUCAGUUUGGUCGGGAGCAGUGCAUUCCGUUGGAGGUCCCCGAUAGUCAAAGGGCCUUCCAUGGCCGAGAUGGUCGGCAAGGUACUCGCGAUUGGCCCACGAAGUUGAAGGAAUUCAUCGCGAUUUGGGAGAACCGACAAUUACAGGAUUUGUCACUCCAAAUCAAGUGGGCCGAAUGGGGUAUCAUGACCCAUACUUGGAUCGAUAUCGGCAAACAUCGGUUCGUUACAUGACUCCGGAAGGUGCGGCCGAUGGUGCAUUAGCUGAUGGGGUCGAGCGGAUCAAAGAUAUGACUACCGGAAGAACUGAGUUGGGCAAUGAAGAUGUGAGCUUCAUUAGGAG